AUGGCGUCCGUCAUCGUACAGGCGGUGGUGAUCCUCCUGGACGUCAUCGCCUUCGGCCUGGGCGUGGCCGCCGAGCAGCGCCGGAGCCGGGCCACCGUCACCCCGGACGCCGCCAAGGAGUACGACUACUGCGUCUACGACUCCGACAUCGCCACGGGCUACGGCGUCGGCGCGCUGCUCCUCCUCGCCGCCGCGCAGGUCGUGCUCAUGGUCGCCAGCCGCUGCUUCUGCUGCGGCCGCGGGCUCAAGCCGGGAGGCUCUCGCGCCUGCGCCCUCAUCCUCUUCCUGUUCACAUGGGUGACCUUCCUCAUCGCGGAGGCAUGCCUGCUGGCAGGAUCAGUACGCAACGCGUACCACACCCGGUACAGGGGCAUAUUCUAUGGCGAUUCCCUCUCAUGUGAGACGGUGCGAAAGGGCGUCUUCGCUGCUGGUGCGGCCUUCACCUUCUUCACGGCCAUCUUGGGCGAGGUGUACUACCUCAGCUACUCGAAGUCCCGAGAUGCCGCUGGUGGUGCCCCCUACGGCGGCUCCAGCAUUGGCAUGGGCCCAUACAACUAA